CAGUGGCGGAGAGAGGGAGGUCACACUGUGGAAAGUUUCGUGUGAAUUAACGUGUCGUGUUGGGAGUUUUAGAGCUGCGCCCUCUUCGUUGUAAUAAUCCAGUGUUUUGUUAAUCAAAAAUUUCCUCCGUGGUAGCAUGAUGCUAACAAAGUUAGUGCGAGAGGAGAAGCAGGUUGCUAAAUCGAGCCAAGAGUAAUCGCUCAUGUGCUGCUACUCCUCGGCCUGGCUGAGGGGCGCAAACUGCGACAUAUGGGCGUCUGCGCUGGCUUAAGCUAAACGCUUGUUUCACCAUGCGGGUGUUUUUCUCUAUAUAAAUGCGAGGAAGGGUCUGCAGUUCAAGUUUCCCCAGCGGCAGCUAUGAACGGGAAAAAAUGCGAUUUCGGUGAAUUAGCUUGCUAGCUAGUCGUAGCUAAGUGCUAGUGUGGCGCUAACGGCUGACCGUUGGGAUCCCUGUCAUACUUGUUGCUAAUGCGGUAGCGCAUGUAAACAAGUCUUUAACGACUUUAUCUGAGGAGAAAGAAGUGCUAACCCGCUGCGGCUAAUAGAGCUGUGUGGCUAGCCGGGGAUUGAUGGCGGUGGCACACAACUUUGCGUGUAACUAGUGGUUGAUGUUGACACUCCAGUGUAGCCUGUCACCUGAUAGCGUUGCUACCUGUGCCGUGUGUACGCUGCUAGCCACGUAAACCGGUCCUGCUCUGUGUUGACGUAGCAGCAGCGGCAGCAGCUAGCUCGCCUGUCGCCUUUAGCCGGCUGCGCUUACUUUGUUAUUUACGAGCAACAAAGUCACCGCAGUCCUCGGAAAAAGCCACAACAUCCUCAAGAUCGGACCUAUCCAAGGACAUGACGAGCUGCGAGCCAAAAUGCGGUAGCUGGACUUGAGCGUGUCUCAUGGUCCAGUUGCAUUGAGCGGAUGAUGAAGCGGGUCAUCUGGAUGGUAUCAGGACUAAACCGAAGAAUGAUGAAGCUGCUUUUUGCCCUCGCUUUGAUCGCGUAUAUUGCCUCUGUUUGGGGAACAUAUACGAACAUGAGAUCAAUUCAAGAAAAUGAAGAAAAUGCGAUCAAGGAGAAAAUUAAUGACGCUUUGGCUCCUCUCAGGGAAAAGAUUCAUGAUCUGGAACAAAGUUUUUCCCAGAAAUAUCCACCUGUGAAAUUCCUGUCAGAAAAGGAUAGAAAGAGAAUUUUGAUUACUGGAGGUGCUGGUUUUGUUGGGUCCCACCUGACUGAUAAGCUGAUGAUGGAUGGCCAUGAGGUUACUGUGGUUGACAACUUCUUCACAGGGAGAAAGAGAAACGUGGAGCACUGGAUUGGUCAUGAAAACUUUGAGCUCAUCAAUCAUGAUGUGGUGGAGCCUCUCUAUAUUGAAGUGGAUCAGAUCUAUCACCUGGCAUCUCCAGCCUCACCACCUAACUACAUGUACAACCCCAUCAAAACCCUGAAGACCAACACCAUUGGUACACUUAACAUGCUCGGGCUGGCCAAACGUGUGGGUGCCAGACUUCUUCUGGCUUCUACUUCUGAGGUUUAUGGAGACCCAGAGGUGCAUCCUCAAAAUGAGGAGUACUGGGGACACGUGAAUCCAAUUGGUCCACGAGCGUGUUAUGAUGAGGGGAAGCGCGUGGCCGAGACGAUGUGUUAUGCCUACAUGAAACAGGAAGGAGUAGAAGUGAGAGUGGCGAGAAUCUUCAACACCUUCGGUUCUCGAAUGCACAUGAACGAUGGACGUGUUGUCAGCAACUUCAUCCUGCAGGCUCUACAGGGAGAACCUCUCACUGUUUAUGGUACUGGUUCCCAAACACGAGCGUUUCAAUACGUAAGUGAUCUGGUGAACGGCCUGGUGUUGUUGAUGAACAGUAACGUCAGCAGUCCAGUCAAUCUGGGGAACCCAGAGGAGCACACCAUAUUGGAGUUCGCUCAGCUGAUCAAGAGUCUUGUUGUAAGUCGGAGUGAGAUUGAGUUCCUUCCAGAGGCCCAGGACGACCCACAGAGGCGAAGACCUGACAUCACUAAAGCGAAAAUUUCGCUCAACUGGGAGCCAGUGGUUCCAUUGGAAGAAGGCUUGAACAAAACUAUUCAGUACUUCAGCAGAGAACUGGAGCAUCAGGCCAACAACCAGUACAUCCCCAAACCUAAAGCCGCCCGCAUGAAGAAAGGAAGACCUAGACAUAACUGACUUUCCACUGACAGAUGUUAAGACUCCUUGAACAGCACUUCUCAGAAAUACACUGAGUAAUGCACUCUGGAAAAUGAUCUAUGUGUGUUUUUUGAGAAGCAGAGACUGUUUGUCAUUAAUUCACUUUUAAAAGAUCCAGCUGCCUCGCGUUGGGCCUGCAGCUGCACCGUGGGUAAGCCUGGCCUUCCUUACCAGACUUUGCUUGACUGGACGAGCCUGAAUUGAGGAGGAGAGAAUUCUGAAACCCAGCCUACUUUAUUUGUGGAUUUUUGUUUUUGCUAUUUAAAACCAACAUCUUUGCGAACCGCUUGUACUGUGCAUCAGUGAUUUGUGUUAUUUCUUCAGUUGGUGUUUGUCUCUGGAGAAGAGCUGACUUUAUUGUUCCACCGGAUGAUUUGUCCUCUUUUGUGGACACGCAGGCUGCACAACAAAUCCUCUGGAUUCUUACAGCAUCAUUAUCUGUUCUUCAGGACAUCAUUGUGUUGUGAAUUAUGCAUUUCAGGUGAAGAUGCUAUUUUAAUAAAAUAUUUUCAGUGUUUUGUGUAUGA